GGGUGAAAAGGGGUCAUAGUUCUCCCUGAGUGAGACUUGCCUGCUCCUGUGUCCCCUGGUCCUGUCCUGUUCUCCAGCAUGGUGUGUCUGAGGCUCCCUGGAGGCUCCUGCAUGGCAGCUCUGACAGUGACACUGAUGGUGCUGAACUCCCCACUGGCUUUGGCUGGGGACACCCAACCACGUUUCUUGGAGCAGGUUAAGUCUGAGUGUCAUUUCUUCAACGGGACGGAGCGGGUGCGGUUCCUGCAAAGAUACUUCUAUAACCAAGAGGAGUUCGUGCGCUUCGACAGCGACGUGGGGGUUCGGGCCGUGACGGAGUUGGGGCGGCCUGAUGCCGAGUACUGGAACAGCCAGAAGGACAUCCUGGAGCAGGAGCGGGCCGUGGUGGACACCGGGUGCAGACACAACUACGGGGUUGUGGAGAGCUUCACAGUGCAGCGGCGAGUCCAUCCUGAGGUGACUGUGUAUCCUGCAAAGACCCAGCCCCUGCAGCACCACAACCUCCUGGUCUGCUCUGUGAAUGGUUUCUAUCCAGGCAGCAUUGAAGUCAAGUGGUUCCGGAACGGCCAGGAAGAGAAGGCUGGGGUGGUGUCCACAGGCCUGAUCCAGAAUGGAGACUGGACCUUCCAGACCCUGGUGAUGCUGGAAACAGUUCCUCGGAGUGGAGAGGUUUACACCUGCCAAGUGGAGCACCCAAGCGUGACGAGCCCUCUCAUAGUGGAAUGGAGAGCACGGUCUGAAUCUGCACAGAGCAAGAUGCUGAGUGGAGUCGGGGGCUUUGUGCUGGGCCUGCUCUUCCUUGGGGCCGGGCUGUUCAUCUACUUCAGGAAUCAGAAAGGACACUCUGGACUUCAGCCAACAGGAUUCCUGAGCUGAAGUGAAGAUGACCACAUUCAAGGAAGAACCUUCUGCCCCAGCUUUGCAGGAUGAAAAACUUCCCCGCUUGGCUCUCAUUCUUCCACAAGAGAGACCUUUCUCCAGACCUGGUUGCUACUGGUUCAGCAACUCUGCAGAAAAUGUCCUUCCUUGUGGCUGCCUCAGCUCGUGCCUUUGGCCUGAAGUCCCAGUAUUGAUGGCAGCCCCUCAUCUUCCAAGUUUUGUGCUCCCCUUUACCUAACGCUUCCUGCCUCCCAUGCAUCUGUACUCCCCCUGUGCCACAAACACAUUACAUUAUUAAAUGUUUCUCAAACAUGGAGUUAAAAAUCUUCUGGUCAUUUGGCUCCAAGGACAAAAAA